AGACAAAAUGGCUUUUGACAAGGAAUAUUUGCAGUCAGUACAUUCCUACAUGUCAAACCUCCGUGUUCCAAUAACUUUGGAAGGUCAGCAUGAAAAAAUUCAUGAGUAUUGUCGUUUGAUUGAAUCUAUUGCUGAAGUUUGUCAAGUUAAAGUCAGCGAGCUUAAAGAACGUUAUGAUGAAUUCAGUUCAAAGACGUGCGAUGAGUUUUCCAAGAUGAAAAUUGAGAGGCCGCAAAUUAUGCAGGAAUCUUGUGUGUCAGAUCAUGGCGAAGAAUACCAAGAUCCCCCGCCUCAAAAUAUUCUGCAGAGCGAAAGGAAAAGUCUUCCACAAGAAUGCGAUGAGCCAAAUACAGACAAUCAAGCGGGAAACGUGAAUGACAAUUCGAUAGAAGAGCCUGCGCACGAAACAAAUACAAAUGAUGAGGACAAUGGCUUUAGUUCUCAAGGCAUAUUAACUGGUGAAAACAAUGGUCAAGUGCCAUGCACCCUUGAGGAAUUAUUAGACAGCAAAUCAACGCCAUUGGAGACAGACGUGCUGUUAGGUGUGCAAGACGGCAUAAAUGGAGAACCUGGGGAUGAAAACGAUGAAGCAAUUGACGAUAAGACAGUGUCGUCGAAAGAGUGCGAAGAUGCCUCCUAUAAAACAGCAUAUUCGUCUCAGGAACGUGACUUCGCUCAACUAAUUAAAAUAAUUGAUGAAGACAAUGAAGAUAAAUUUAAAAUCGUUAAUGAAUCAUGCGAGAGCAAAUCUACGUCAUUGGAGAUGGACAAAGUCGAUGGAUUAUGUGACACAUACUAUGAGAUGGAGGAAGGUCCUGCUGUUCCAACAAAUGAGAUUACUGAAUCUUCAUCCGAGGAGCCUGAAAUAAACGGUGUACACUCGAGUUAUAAUGUCGAUAGCAACCAUUUGAAUCAUUUAAAGAGCAAUCAAGAUUUACAACCUUUCGCACAUUCCUUAAAAUUCAUCAAAAGGAAAGCAGACUCAAUUUCAAGAGAAAUCAGGAAAAACGAUGGAAAAGCGUUGUUCUGUAAAUUUGCACCAUGUGCGUUGGCUAACCUACUACUGUUGUUAACUACCUUGCAAAUUUAUUUCUGUCCUGUACAGCUGAUUCAAAAAUUGGGUCAGAUUUCGUUGGGCACCAAGUUUGUGAUGAAAAUUUUGAAGUUGCUGAAAGAUGAGCAAGAACUAAAUGAGCUAAUGAAAGAAGAAAAUGAGGAUUGGGAAAAGCUAAUGAAGGAAGUAAAUGAGGAUUGGGAACAGCCAAUGAAGGAAGUGCUAGCAAAACUAAAAAAAACGGUGGUGAUGCCAUGUACAAACGUUCUUAUUGCCCUACAAAGAAAACGCUUCUUAACAUCAUUCGUCAAAAAAGAGUUUGGUGUUUACAGAAAACAGUAUUUUCUAAAUACAGCUAUUAAUGAAUUUAAAAUGUCGCAGCAUAAAGCAGGACUUAUGAUUUAUAUCACUGCCGAGAAGAGUCAUUGUGUCGUCUUGAUUAAGGACAAAAAUGGUGAAGAAGUGAAUAUUUACGACGCUACUAUCAACGAAGAUGAAGUCGAAAAUUUGGAAAAUCUUCGCAGCUUACAGAUCCUCGUAUUGACUUAUACGAAUGAUAAGAAUGAUAAGAUACCUCUCAUUGAAAAAGAAUGGUUUAUGUGCAAAGAGUUUUUUUGUUCAAAUAACUAUGAUGAAGCGCACAAAAGCAAUAUCUCAGCCAAUUAACUGGAUUUUUCUUUUUUAUAGUGAUUUGCAAUCAAUUUUGUAAUGCAUGUAGUAAGUUGUCACAGUUUUACGGUUUAUUAAUUGGUGAGAUGUCAAAUUUUUGAGUAUCAUAUAAUCACAAUGAUUUUUUUCUUAAAAAUCGUUUGUUUAAGUGUAAAUUUGGUGAGAGCUUUUGGUAUAAAUAUGUAUCGUUAUAGUUAAUUGCUACGUAUAAUAUAUCUUUAAUAAUAAUAAUAAUGAUGAUGAUAAUGAUGAU